GCUUACGCCAAAUUUUCUGGCGCCCCCCUGACAGUGAAUACUAUAAAUAACUCCUGGAGAGCUCCGAAAGGAGAUGUACCAGUCCUGAUAUCAGAAGACGUUGUUAUUUCUCAGCCAGCAAAAAUACUAAACUUCUUAAGAAAGCAGAAAUACAAUGCUGAUUAUGAAUUGUCUGCAAAACAAGGAGCUGAUACUCUGGCAUAUAUUGCCCUACUGGAAGAAAAACUUCUUCCUGCUCUGCUGCAUACUUUCUGGGUUGAGGCUGAAAAUUACUGCAGUGUGACAAAGCCAUGGUUUGCCUCAAGGAUUGCCUUCCCACUGAGCUUGUAUCUGCCCGGAAAGAUGUCCAGGGAGGCACUGAACAGGAUCUUGCUGACCAGGGGAGGGCCUCCACUCUACAGUCUCACUGAAGUGGAAGCACAGAUAUACAGAGAUGCCAAGGAGUGCCUGAAUCUCCUGUCGAAGAGAUUGGGAAUGUCUCGGUUUUUCUUUGGAGAUACGCCUACCACCUUGGAUGCCUUUGUGUUUGGUUUCCUUGCACCAAUUUAUAAAGUCUGUUUUCCCAGACUACGAUUACAAGAGCAUUUGAAACAGCUUUCCAAUCUGUGUCAAUUCUGUGAUGAUAUUUUAACUUGCUACUUCAGGUUAACUGUCUCAGGCUGUUCUCCGGCUGGACAGGAUACAGCAGAUGCUAAUCUGCAGAAACUCACACAGCUUGUAAAUAAGGAAUCCAACUUGAUUGAAAAGAUGGACAACAACCUUCGUAAGAGUCCUCAGCAUCCCCCUCGAAAGCUAACAACGCUCAAGCUUGCUGCAGGUGGAGAAGAAAGCAGUCCACUGAAUCGUUUGUCACCUUGA